AUGCAAACCUGCCCAGCCCUGCUCCUGCUGCUGCUGGCCACCGGCGCCCUGCUCGCCCGCUGCUCGCCCCCCGAGCCCUCCUGCCUCCACUUCUCCCAGCUCCUGCCCGCCAGGCUCAAGGAGCUGAGGAGCAAGUUUGGGGAAAUUAAGGAUUAUUUUCAAUCCAAAGACGAUGAACUCAGCAUCCAGCUGCUCAGCUCCGAACUGCUGAAUGAAUUCAAGGGGACCUUCGGCUGCCAGUCGGUGUCGGAGAUGAUGAGGUUCUACACCGAGGAGGUCCUGCCCACCGCCCGGAAGACCAGUGCCCACCACCAGCAGAGCGUGGACGACCUGGGCAACCUGCUGCUGGACCUGAAGGCGACCAUGAGGCGCUGUCACAGAUUCUUCACGUGCGAGAAGAGGAGCAAAACCAUGAAGCACAUCAAGGAGACCUUUGAGAAGAUGAACGAGAAUGGAAUCUACAAGGCCAUGGGGGAGUUUGACAUCUUCAUCAACUACAUCGAAGAGUACUUGAUGAUGAAGAAGAAGUAGUGAAAACGCCCACGGGUCUACAUCUUUCACACAAAAUCCUGCUAUUUUUUUCAGAAAUCACUUUAGGCUGGAAGAGCACACAAGAGAUUAAGUUAUCUUAGGGUUCAAAGUUUAGUAUUGUAUUUAGAACUUAUUUUUUUUACAACUGAAUUUAAUAUUUAUUAAUUUUAAUACCUCAGUGUUUAUGUUUACAAUAUGUUUUGAAGGAAAGUGUGAUGAGCUUGUAAAAUACUAUUUAUUGUUCGAUAUUUUAAAACUGUUUAUGAUAGAGUUAUUUUAUUCAUAGCUUCAAAACACCCAGAGCAGUGUUCCUCUGGGGAGCAGAGAACGAGCAAAGCUUAUCCCAAGUGCAAUUCCACUGGGCAUGGUCGCCUGAUCAGGAGCAACUCCAGCUCAGAGCUCAGCAAAGUUUAAUUUUAAGCAAAUGAGCGCUCUCCUCCUGUUCUAUCCCUCUAUUUAUUUAGGCAAUCCAACGCUUUUAUGCACAACCACCUCACUGUCUCUGGUUCUGCAGUGGGAAUUAGGCACUGAAAUAUUCAAUAUUAUUCCAUGGCCUUGCACUGAGCAAGAUAAUCAUAAAUGUAACACAGGGUGGUUUUUUCCUCCUGCGCAAAGAGAGCAAUGCGGAGGAGGAAGAGGAGGAGGAGGAGGAGCUGUACUCCUAUGAGCACGCGACCAUGCCACGGCAAUGAAUCAG